AUGAUUUCCCCAGGAACUCAAAAGGGAUUUAUUUGGACUUUUCUUCUCUGUCUUAUUUGGGGCAUGUCCAUUUUCUCAGGAAACGCGGUCACACAUCGCCUUCGUUUCUGGCUUGGAUGCCGAGCUGUGAUACCUUGUCAUUGUUACACCACUGAAUCGGACUGUUUUACAUGGUUUCACAAGAAGGAUGAACACAGUACCCAAAUCAAGCUAUUCUUUCAAGAUACGAGAGGAGUACAGCACUAUGGCUUCACUCAUUCCAGAGCAUAUGCCACACAGAACCGCUCCUUGGUCAUCAAAAACUUUGCUGAGGAUGAUCAGGGAAUCUACUGGUGUGAAAGUUGUAACAAACAUAUCUGCAGGGAUGAACAGUCAAUAGUCAGCAGAGAAAUUAUUAAUGAAAUUCGCAUACCAAUUUGCAUCUUUGAAGGCAGCAGUUUCACACAUUCAUGCCUACAAGCAUCGCUUAAUGCAAAAUGGACUUUUGAAGCAGGUAAUACCACUCUUCCUAGGAAACCAGUCAAGGUAAAGUCUGGUAAAAAUAUACAUAUUGCAAACGUCACAGUCGAAGACGCUGGAAAAUAUACCUGCUGGGCAAGUUACUGUGGUGAACCAAACCAGAAAUGGCUCUCUAUUAACUUAUGUGUUAUAACAGUCUUUGACGUUAAAAUGAUCUGUGUGACAGUACACCCCAAAAUGGAUGACCCCAUUUACUGUGCUGUGACUGACAAUGUGGAAAACUAUAAUGAAAAACACACUUCAAGUCCGGUGAUGGGCAUGACUGUUUCAGCUGUAAGUGGACAUCCGUCCCGGUACAUAACUUGUAAUGCAAGUCAAAUGUUGGAUGGACACACCACAGUUACAAGAAGCUACGUAUCAUCAACUGAACAUUGUGAAACAACAGACUGCGGUCAG